AAUAACCCUCCUUAACCAUCGAAGUUAAAACCGACCCAUUUAGAAGAAAAAUCAACCCAUUUACAAGUUUUCUAACAAACUUCAAAAUGACAUUACAUUAAAACCCCUUGAUAUUUUUCUCGCUCUCUGUUUGGUUACCGAGAAAACAAAAACAAAAACCAGGGAAACCAAAAACGAAAGAGAAAAUUUCACAAAUCAGUAGAUCGAAGAAAGGAAUCAUUUCUCUUCUUCUCUGAUGAAGGAGUUGACGGUGGAGUGCAACAAUAGUUGCGGCGGGCCACAGCGGACACCAGAAGAAGAGAGGGUUUUGAUUAGAGACAUUGCAAUUACUUCAGAAAAUAAUAGUAAAGAAGGCGAUAGCUUUUAUUUAAUCACUCAACGAUGGUGGCAACAUUGGAUUGAUUAUGUGAACCAAGAACAAACGAAUGUUACUAAUGAUGGGUCAUCUAUGUUAGAGAAUUGUGACGCGGUUAGUUCUUCAAGAAGGCCUGCUAGUAUUGAUAAUUCUGACUUGAUACAUGACGCAAAUUCUGAGGAGUCAAAUGUUGGCUUUGAGAUUCAUGAUACUUUAUUAGAAGGCCGAGAUUAUAUAUUGCUUCCACAAGAAGUUUGGAACCAGUUGUAUUCGUGGUAUGGAGGUGGUCCAGCAUUGGCUCGGAAAGUAAUCAGUUCAGGUCUUUCUCAGACAGAGUAUGCUGUAGAGGUGUAUCCUCUCCGUCUUCGGCUAUUUGUUAUGCCGAAGGGUGAUCAGAGUACAAUAAGAAUUAGCAAGAAGGAGACAAUAGGAGAGCUUCACAAAAGAGCUUGUGAGCUUUUUGAUCUGAACUUAGAGCAGGUAUGCAUUUGGGAUUACUAUGGCCAACGUAAACAUGCUUUGAUGAAUGACAUGGAUAGAACACUUGACGACGCCAACUUACAGAUGGAUCAGGAUAUUCUGGUGGAGGUUCAUAACAAUGCCAAUGGUACUGCAUUGAGUCGUUUUAUAAGAUCUGCCCAGGGCAAUGGAUCUACUGUGAAGGAAGCUAGUUCAUUUCUUUUAGAGCCUUCUAAGUCAAGCUUAUCCAUUGCAGGAGGUUUAUCUGCAAGCAGGGGUGCUUCUAGAGGCGGCAGCACAGAGCUAUCACAAAGUCUGAAUCUGACAUCUCAAGGUAGGGAGUUGGAUAACACAUAUGGGAUCAGUACUGUUACUACAAGGGGGUCUUCUGGUGGCUUGAUUGGGUUGCAGAACCUAGGGAACACAUGCUUUAUGAAUAGUGCAAUACAAUGUCUUGUUCACACAUCAGAGUUCGCCAAAUAUUUUCGGGAGGAUUAUCAUCAAGAGAUAAAUUGGCAAAACCCACUCGGUAUGGUGGGUGAGCUCGCUCUAGCAUUUGGUGAGUUACUUCGAAGGCUGUGGGCACCUGGACGAACAGCAAUUGCUCCUCGACAAUUUAAAAUGAAGUUGGCUCGAUUUGCACCUCAAUUUAGUGGCUACAAUCAGCAUGAUUCUCAGGAGCUUUUAGCAUUUCUUUUAGAUGGUCUCCAUGAAGAUCUGAAUCGUGUUAAACACAAGCCUUAUAAAAAGUCUAAAGAUGCUGAUGGUCGUCCAGAUGAAGAAGUUGCUGAUGAGUAUUGGGCAAAUCAUAUUGCUCGUAAUGAUUCUAUAAUUGUUGAUGUUUGCCAGGGCCAGUACAAGUCGACUUUGGUUUGCCCUGAGUGCCAUAAAAUCUCUGUUACAUUCGAUCCCUUUAUGUACCUCUCUUUGCCACUUCAAUCCACCACUACACGUUCUAUGACUGUUACGAUUUUUACUUGUGAUGGAAGUGCCCUGCCAUUUUCUUGCACUGUGACUGUUCCAAAGCAGGGGCGAUGCAGGGACUUGAUCAAUGCGCUUAGCAGUGCUUGUUCCUUGAAGAAUAAUGAAGACCUUAAACUUGCUGAGGUACGGAACCAUUUGUUUCAAAGAUUUUUAGAAGACCCCUUAAUAUCCCUUUCCAUGAUCAAAGAUGAUGACCACCUUGUUGCCUACAAGAUACCAAAGUCUCUGAAGAAAACACUUCUGAUUAGGUUGAUUCAUCGCCGCCAAGAACAGGAAAUGGGUGCUACACAGGCUGCUCAACAUUGGAAACCCUUUGGAACACCUCUUGUCUCUCUGAUCUCGCGUGAUGAAGUAAUUACAAGAGGUGACAUACAGACAGUAGUUAACACAAUGCUCUCGCCUUUGUUAAGAUCUGAAAGUUUGAGACAAGCUGAUACUUCUGAGCCUUUCCUGUCUUUGGCGGCAUCAGAAAAGCGCCGUGACAGCAGUUCUGGUGAAGCGUGUAGUAAUUCUAUGUCAGAUUCAGUGAACAAGGAUGGUAAUGCAGUAACAUUGUUCAAACUACCUCUCCAGUUGGUUGAGGAAAGUAAUGCAUGUGUUGAUCUUUCUGUGGGAGAAGACAAGGCAAUUAAAUUAUCCUCAACAUCAACAUCAGUACUUGUAUAUGUUGAUUGGUCACGGGAGCUCUUAGAAAAGUAUGAUACUCAUUACUUGGAAAACUUGCCUGAAGUGUUCAAGUAUGGACCCGUGAAUAAGAAGGCUCGUACUGAACCUCUCUCCUUGUACACCUGUCUAGAAGCUUUUCUGCGUGAAGAGCCUUUGGUGCCUGAAGAUAUGUGGUACUGCCCAAAAUGUAAGGAGCGACGGCAAGCAAGUAAAAAGCUUGACUUAUGGAGGCUUCCAGAAGUGUUAGUCAUCCAUUUGAAAAGGUUUUCGUUUAGCAGAUCAAUGAAGCAUAAACUAGAAACUUUUGUCAACUUUCCUAUUCAUGACUUUGACUUGACAAAGUACAUAGCCAACAAGAACAACACUCAACGUCAACUCUAUGAACUUUAUGCAUUGACCAACCAUUAUGGUGGCAUGGGAAGUGGGCACUACACUGCACAUAUCAAGCUUCUGGACGAGAACAGGUGGUACAACUUUGAUGACACCCACAUAUCACCUAUAAAUGAAGAAGAUGUGAAAUCAGCUGCUGCAUAUGUUCUCUUUUAUCGACGGGUGAAGACAAGUGAUGCCAUUAGCAAUGGAGGAAAGUCUGGUUCUGGUCAUAACAAUGGUUCAUCCCAGAAGUGAACUUACUUUUGUGGUCAUGCCUUCUUGCCAAAUAAGUAAGAUUCCUAGGCUUUAUUCUGUGUUAACACAAAUACUGGUCAUAAAAGCCAUUGAGGUGCAUCAAGUGGCAAAGCUAACUCUAUAAAACAUGGGGAGAUGUCCUUGCCAGUUCUGAAGCACUUCGGGGCUCAGCCCUUUGCUCAUUGGCUAGAGCUCAUGGUUGUGGUGAUUGCUUCUCAGGGGCCAGACCAGACUGCAACAACAGCACUUGCGGUCUCACGCUUGACAACACCGUGACUAGCAUUGCCACGAGUUGCGAACUAGCCGCAGACAAAUAGGUCAAACCCUAGCAGGGAAGUGUCCGUGCCACGAUUCCUAUUCUCUUGUGCCCCAAGAUUUUUUUUCAGGAUCUUGCUACUGGUGUUGUUGGAAUUUGAUGGAAACGCACACUCUGUAAAAGUUUUUGAUUUUUGAUAUUUUAUUGUCUAUUUAAUGUUCAACA